AUGUCUUCUCCAAACACUCGUGCCAAGGGCUCCUCUUCUUCUCGAUCUCAUGCUUAUCUUUCUGGAGAUGGGGUUGAUGAUCAUCCAAUCGAGGAAGAUGCUGAGGCUCCUCUAUGCUUCCAAAGUUCUACGGCUCUGUCUUUUCAUACCUGGCUCAGUAAGAACUUGAGUCAUUCCUAUCCCUCGGGUGAAGUGAGGAACAACGUAGUGAGGUGGUCUGAUUGGAUCGACAGACUUCUCCCGAGGCAUAAAGCUUAUUGGAAGAGGGCUGGAAUUCACGACGCAAUCCUUAUGUCUAAGAAUUUUGUUAACAAAGACGAGAACCUGCUAGCUGCUGCUUCGUGCUUCUGGAAUUCCGCCAGCAACACCUUCGAUUUCCGUCUGGGUCCCAUGACUUUGACUUUGCUGGAUCUGGCUCAAAUAUUUGGGUUUAGGCCCCAUGGGAGGCCUGCUGAUGCUUGCUCUUCUCCUCCUUCUAAGGCGAAAAGACUUAGAAAUAGGGCUGUUAAUGAGUCUGAAGGGAAAGAAGAGCCUGCAGCAGUUCUUACUGAGACCACAGAGACUGAUGAAGAGCUACGAGAGGCUAUUGAAGCCGAAGAAAUUCCCGCUGAAAUAAUAGCAGAGAGUAUUGAGCUGGCGAAGAAACAGCAAGAGAACCAGAGAGCAGAGCCUACUAGUUCAGAAUUGGCUCUUUUUGAUGAUGUAGAUGCAGAGCACUCUGUUGCUAUUCCAGCAUCUGAGGUGGAGGAGGGCAGAACUGCUGGGACUUUAGUUGUGGUGACCAGUCCUCUCAAGCCUCCUAUCGUGGCUAUGCCUAUCCACUCCAUCCCAAGUUCACCUGUUACGGCCUCAUUUGCUGAAGAAUUUGAAGCCAUGGAUCUAGAUGCUCAGCUGGACAAGCUAGAGGAGAACAUGGCUCCCAGACCUAUCCUUGAGCUCAACCUAGGCCUAGCAAGAGAUGUGCUCAAUCUUCACAUUCGAUAUGAAGACCUUAAGCCUUCCUUCAAAGCUUUUGAAUUUUGCAAGGCUACUCAAUAA